GGUUGUCCCGGAGAUCCCGGCACGUGGGGUCGGAUUUGGGAUACUUUCCGGCUGGGCCAUGGAUACACCGUUGAGGCGCAGCCGGCGGCUGGGAGGUCUGACGCCUAAGUCUCCCGAGAGCGCCACGUCAGUUUUGCAGGCAACACCAGCCCUUGUGGAGUUCGAAUCGAAUCCGGAAGAAACGAGGGAGCCUGGGUCUCCUCGGCCUGUGAGGCAGCCCGGCCUGGAGUCCCCCCAAAGUCAGCCGCAGACGUGCCCAGGAUCACCCAGUCCACAGCCGGGGGUAAGCCUGGGGUCUCCCCGAAGGGAUCCGGGCCCGAGAUCCCCCCAGGGUCAGCGAGAUGCAGGCCUGGAGUCUCCCCGAAGACAACCAGAGUCGAGUCUUGAAUCCGCUCGAUGUCAGUCAAAGCCAAGUGGAGAGUCACCGAUGUUAUUCCAGAGCCAAGAAGAACCAGAGGCGGGCUUGGCCCACAGUAAAGAGGAGCUGGCUCGUGGGUCCCUCCGACAUCAGCUGCAGCCGGGCCCAGGAUCGCCAGAGCCUAACCCCGGUCAGCAAGCGCCGGGCCCAGAGCCCUCGCCGCCGCUGCAGGAUCUGACACCACAAUCAGCUGACUCCACGCCGGGUCAGCGCGAGCCGAGCGAGCCACCCCUAGCAGGAGCGCCGGGGAGAGACGGCCAGAGGCCAAAGAAGCGAAAAGGAUCUUCAGCCCAGGCCCCAGCGGCCAAGAAGUUGAAGGAGGAGGUGGAGGUGCCUGUAAUCCCGAAGGGAAAGCCCAAGUCGGGGCGCGUGUGGAAGGACCGCUCCAAGAAGAGGUUCUCCCAAAUGGUUCAGGACAAGCCCCUGCGCACAUCCUGGCAGCAGAAGAUGAAGGAACGGCAGGAGCGGAAGCUGGCCAAGGACUUUGCCCGGCACCUGGAAGAGGAGAAGGAGAGGCGUCGGCAGGAGAAGAAACAGCGACGAGCCGAGAACCUGAAACGCCGCCUGGAGAAUGAGCGCAAGGCAGAGAUAGUCCAAGUGAUCCGAAACCCCGCCAAGCUCAAGCGGGCGAAGAAGAAGCAGCUGCGCUCCAUCAAGAAGCGGGACACCCUGGCCCUGCUGCAGAAGCAGCCGCCCCAGCGGCCAGUGGCCAAGGUCUGAGCGCAGGCCAGCACAGAGGCCUCCUGGAGCCAACCACGUCAGACACGGCGCCUUGCAAGCCACUGGUCACGCACCUGCGCUGGACCCAGCACUCCAACUCUGGCUCCGAAACAGGGGCCCCACUCCAGAUGGGGUCCUGAGCCUUUGGGGCUCUUAGGCAGGUCUUUGUGAGACAAAGGACCAGAGGAAGCCUGGGACCUGGCAGGGAUCGGGCUGGGGCGGAGGAGGUUCUGCUCCCUCCUUUCUUCCUUUCUCCAAGUGCCUUCAAACCAAGGAGAGUACAUUCUUCCAGUUUCUCAGGGAGCUAGUGACCAAAAGGUAUGUUCUGUCUCAAGGUCCUGGCUCUGUCCCAAAGGCUGCUUCGGGUACCUCUGCACCCUACCGACUGUGCCCCCGACCCCUGAAUCUAGCUCCACCCACUUUCAACACUGAAAGGUGAAUGUGAGAGGUCGCAGGGAGCAGCAUUCCUCUCGAGCCCCCUCUGCAGAAGCCUCAAAGAUCUAAUGGACUCAUGCCCAUCCAGUCCACAACAAAAAUAUUUAUUGAACACAUGCUGUGUACAGGCAUAGAUAUAAGUACCAGGGAAUACAGGCAAAAGUCCCUGCCCUUGAGGAGUGUUCAUUCUGACAUGGAGAAAACAUAAU